AUGUUCUUAACAAGAAGUGAAUAUGAUCGUGGUGUAAGCACGUUUUCUCCAGAAGGUAGACUAUUUCAAGUCGAGUAUUCAUUAGAAGCAAUUAAAUUGGGUUCUACUGCAGUAGGCAUCUGUACCAGUGAAGGUGUAGUACUUGGUGUGGAGAAAAGAGCCACAUCUCCUUUAUUAGAAUCUGAUUCCAUUGAAAAAAUUGUCGAAAUCGAUCGUCAUGUUGGUUGUGCCAUGAGUGGAUUAACCGCAGAUGCCCGUUCUAUGAUUGAACAUGCACGUGUUGCUGCUGUUAGUCACAAUUUAUACUACGAUGAAGACAUAAAAAUUGAAUCUCUAACUCAAUCCGUUUGUGAUUUGGCUUUAAGGUUCGGUGAAGGUGCAUCCGGUGAAGAAAGACUAAUGUCAAGACCCUUUGGUGUUGCAUUAUUAAUUGCUGGCUAUGAUGCAGAUGAUGGAUACCAACUUUUUCAUGCAGAACCCUCCGGAACUUUCUAUCGCUACAAUGCUAAGGCAAUCGGUUCAGGUUCGGAAGGUGCUCAAUCUGAAUUACAAAAUGAAUGGCACUCAUCAUUGACUUUAAAAGAAGCAGAACUCCUAGUAUUGAAGAUUCUAAAGCAAGUAAUGGAAGAAAAAUUAGAUGAAAAUAAUGCUCAAUUGAGUUGCGUCACAAAGAGUGACGGUUUUAAGAUAUAUUCUGAUGAAAAAGUUGCUGAAAUUAUAAAAGAUUUGAAAGAACAAGAAGCUCAGGAAAACCCUGAGGAACACGAUAUUGAAAUGUCAUGA